AAGAAGACUGUGGAAAAUAGCAAGGGGGAGGUAUUUGUUUUGUGUAUUGGGAUAGACCUAGACACUGUUUCUUUGCAAUCAUGUGACUUACGAUCAGAGAGACGAACGUUGUGGAAACUUACGCUUUGAACACACCGACUGUAUUAUUGCGCAAAAUAGUAUGCAGCAUUAUCUAGAUAUAUGUGCAACAAAAGUUCAACAUUAACCUUCUGCUACCAUUUCUGUCAACCCGUUUACGCAUACAGUUUGACGCAUACGUUUGAUAAAUCCAACGGAAACACCACCAAGAACGCACUGCAACUGCCUCUGCAACGCAAUGCUGCAAUGCAAACGCAGUGUUCCAUUGGAAAUGAAUGUACUUCUGGUGUACCAAAACGGUUCACAGUCGGUGUGUUCGAAGCAUUAUUUCGAAAAUGAGCAGCUGCCAAGAGAAUACUGUGGGCGUGUCUAUUGGGCAGACCGCCUGAGUGAUGCUAUAGGAGAAGUUCUGUUAUCUGGACAGAUCCCUUCUCUCUCACAAGACUUGUCGGAUCGACUUUACAAGACCCAAAUAUGGCUGGUGUGCUGCAAAAGCAACAGGAGAUGCUGAGGAUUGUUCUGGUUGGGAAGACUGGAGUUGGGAAGAGUGCAACAGCAAACACCAUCCUGGGGAAAAAAGUUUUUGAGUCUCAACGUUCCCCUGUUUCUCUGACAAAAGAGUGUGACAAGGCUAGAGGGGAGGUGGAUGGGAGAGAAGUUGCUAUUGUUGACACUCCAGGCUUGUUUGACACUGACUUAUCACAAAAGGAGACCCUGAUAAAGAUUGCUAAGUGCAUCUCCUUCGCUGCUCCUGGUCCCCAUGUGUUCCUUGUAGUGAUAGCGUUGGUUAGAUUCACAAAGGAAGAGAAAGAUGCAGUGGAGAUGAUUCAGAAAUUCUUUGGAGAAGAUGCAGCAAGAUACAUCAUCAUCCUCUUCACAAAUGCAGACCAGCUUGAUGAAGAACAAACAAUUGAAGACUUUUUGCGUGCCAGUCCAGAUCUUCAGCAUGUCAUUGCCAAAUGCAGUGGGCGGUAUCAUCUCUUCAACAACAAAGAUAAGAAGAAUCGCUCCCAGGUCAAUGAACUGCUUGAGAAGAUGAACAAGAUGGUCAUGAUGAAUGGAGGAAGCUGCUACACCACUGAGAUGUUCCAAAUGGCUGAGAGGGCGAUUGAAGAGGAGACGAAGAGGAUCCUGAGAGAGAAGGAAGAGGAGGUGCGCAUUGAGGAGGAGAAACUAAAGGCAAAAUAUGAAGGAGAGUUCCUAAAGAAACAUCAAGCCAUCCUAAGUGCAACCACCAGUGCAUCAGCCAGAGCUUUAGCUGAAAGAAGUAACGACGUAAUAAAAAAUCCUUUGCGCUAUUUUUGUAAUAUCCUCUGAGGUGGUGUCAUCAUAAAAAAACAAUUAAAUGUGGGAUGGCAUGAGACAAUAGAACAAGACAUGAAGUACUGAAGACUAGGGAAAAAAAGCACCACAAUACUAUACUACAAAUCACAUGACAUUUCAUUAAUGAUAAAGUGGCACUGAUAAUAAUAUUAUGAUAGGACUUGAUUUGCCCUUGAUGGCAAGUGAUUGUCCGGAUGCCAGGUGAACUCAUAUCCUUUGCUUACAAUCAUAACAUUGAGUGACCUGCUUUAAAUGCUGAACCUACCUGAAUCUGCCAAACUAACUUAAAAUGUCAGAAGUACAUCAGUGUUUUCCAUCAUCCUGUGUAACAGAUAACACACAGACGACUGUAAUAGCAGAGGUCUCAUCCUCACGUUCUAUGAGAGAAAGAAUCAGAAUAAUCAUGAGUGUAAUGAUACAUGCAUACUUUGAGGAGGUGUAUUUAUGUAUUGAUUUUGAGAUUGUGACUUACUCCUUCAUCUGGCAUAUUUGAAUGUGACUGCAUGUACCCAUAAUUCAGUAUUAAAGCUGUUACUUCAACUGCA